AUGCCAGUGAGGGAUCCUAGACUUAGAAUUGGAGGGAAGGUGACGGCAAAGGCUUGUCAUGUUGUGCAUCUGAGCAAGUGCGCACGGAGAUAUGGCGUCAACAAGCACUCCAAGCGGCUUGUUGGAACGGUUCUAGACGUCACGACCACCCCUGUAUCCAUUACAACCGGGCGUACCUUUACUUUGAUAACAGCAGUUUAUGAUUUUGGAGAGAGUUUGUUCAAGGAAAAAACACUGAACAUUCGGAGUGUAAAGGCAUUUGUACCGCCAGAAGAUGAAGGAAUGUCCUUAAUUGAGGAAUUAGCAGCAGAGGCUUUGCAGGCAGCAGAAGCAGACAUGGAAGCCGGAAACUUGAUGGAAGAAAGUGUCGAAGCCCCGGUAGCCGAAAUGGUUGAAACCCCGGCUGACAUAGAGCCCGAUACCUUGGUCGACACAGAGCCCAAUACCCCGGUUGACACAGAGCCCGAUAGCCCGGUAGCCGAAAUUGUCGAGACCCUGGUUGACACUGAUACCUCGCUUGACACAGAGUCCGAAAACCCGGUAGCCACAGUGCACCAAACAGAGUGGUAUGUGAAUGAAAGAAAAACCCGGCUGGAUGUGAAUGGCCAUGUCUAUGUUAGGCACUUCCAUAUCCGUACUUCAGUUGGUGACCUUAUUGGUCAAGACUCUGACAAUGGGGUGAGAUUUUCGCGCCUCGAAUAUUUUCUGCUCAUGUUUCCGCCGACCCAGCUGACUACUAUGUGUCGGCUUACAAAUACUCAGCUUGCACAGCAAAACAAGAAUCCAAUCACAUCCGGAGAACUUCUUCGGUUCUUUGGAAUGCUCAUACUCACUACAAAGUUUGAGUUCAGUAGCCGGGCCCAACUAUGGUCCACCACUGCACCCUCCAAGUACAUUCCUGCCCCUUCAUUUGGACGCACAGGAAUGUCCCGGCAACGGUUUGACAAUAUCUGGAAAUAUAUCCGUUGGAGUGAACAAUGUCCAGUCCGACCCGAUGGUAUGAGCACUCAUGUUCACCGAUGGCAACUUGUUGACAACUUUGUCACAAGGUUCAAUGAGCAUCGUAGCGAAAACUUUGUACCUUCCCAUCUGAUUUGCGUGGAUGAAUCUAUCUCAAGAUGGUAUGGGCAGGGUGGGGAUUGGAUAAACCAUGGUCUACCAAAUUAUAUUGCAAUUGAUCGUAAGCCUGAGAAUGGGUGCGAGAUUCAAAACGCAGCGUGUGGACAAUCCGGUAUUAUGCUUCGAUUGAAACUUGUAAAGGGAAAGACAAUAACUGACGACGAAGAGGGUGACAAGGAGGAUGAGUAUCUACCGCAUGGUGCAAAGAUUAUCAAAGAACUUGUUCGUCCUUGGUGGGGGAGUGAUCGGAUUGUGUGUGCUGAUUCUUAUUUUGCCUCCGUUGUGACAGCUGUCGAGCUUAAGAGGAUUGGCUUGAGAUUCAUUGGGGUUGUGAAGUCGGCAACGAGAAGAUAUCCAAUGGCCUACCUUUCACAGUUGGAAAUGACAAGUAGAGGAGAAUGGAAAGGAUUGGUGACAGACGGAAUCUUGGAUGAAAGUUGUGACCUGAUGGCUUUUGUAUGGGUGGACCGAGACCGUCGAUAUUUUAUAUCAACAGCAUCCAAUCUGAAUAGAGGCUGGAAUCCAGUUCGCUACCGGUGGAGACAGGUGGAUACAUCACCUGAUGCAGACCCUGAGAGGGUGGAGAUCAAUAUUGCGCAACCAGUUGCAGCAGAAGUGUAUUAUUCUUGCUGUGCAAUGAUUGACAGACAUAACCGGAGUUGGCAGGAUACACUGAUGCUUGAAAGAAAACUUGGCACAUGGGAUUGGUUGACACGAGUCAACUUAUCAAUUUUUGGUAUCAUUGUUGUGGACACAUGGUUAGCCUACAGCCAAUGUACAGGAAUAGGAAAGUCUGCUGGACGAGAAGAAAAGCAGAAGGAUUUCUACAGUGCCUUAGCCGAGGAGCUGGUGGACAACCAGUACGAUAGUGUUGGAAGUCGCAAAGUUGGGAGGGAUGAGUUGGACAAGGAUAGCCCAACCAUCUCCAGAACUGGAGAGCCGCAAUGUGGUCUCUCCGCACAUCUAACACCCACCAAAAGAAAAAGAAAGAACAAAGAUGGUACUAUUAAAAACCAAAGACAGCAGGGAAGGUGUUUGGUGUGUUCCAAGAAGACCACAUACAAUACUGCCGGGCAAACCAGCAGCCUGAUGCAUCGGGUCCAUCGGCAUUUGCCAAAAAAACCGUUGAUCGUCAAUGUCGCACGGAAAAUUUGA